GGUCAUGCAGUACAGCAAACGGUACACAAGAAAAUGACAAACUAUUCAGGCUCCUGGAUCCUGUUGAACUGAUGCCUCCAUUCAAACACCCCAUAGCUGGAAGGAAAUACUUGCCAGGUUCUGGGGGUGAAGGAUUUCCACAAUUUCUAGCUGGACCUCGAACUGAUCUUCCAUAUGCCCUCGCGGUACAGAACGCAAACAUGUUCUCCAUCAAGGAGUGGGCUAAGCAAUGUCGUAGCUUGCUUGACAGGAAGUUACCGCGACCAAGGGUGGCGUGUUGAUUCGUGGAUUGCCGUUGAAUGAAGGCAAGGACUUCUCGACUUUCACACAGAAUCUAGGAUACAAUGCUAUGGACUACAGCGGUGGGACAGGGAACAGACCCUACUUUGAUGAAAACGCCACUAUUUAUAUAUCUACUCUCGAUCCUGAAGUGUUCACGAUAGAACCACACAAUGAAAUGGCUUGUUCUACCGUUCAUCCCAAGAAGGUAACUGAAGUAAAGUUAGUACGCUCUCCGCAACCAGGUAUAUCAAACAUGUUUACGCUUGUUACUCUAGUUUGAAUUAAAAUGAAUACAAAGUCCUGUCGAAUUGUAUUCACGACCCAACGUUUCGACAAUCCGGUCUAGUGUCUUCAUCAAGGGUGAUCAACAAUCGAAACGUGGCUCAUUAUAUGCUUGAGGGCAGAUGACGUCAUCCCUCGAGUAUAUAAUGAGCCAGAACUCGACUGUUGAUCACCCCUGAUGAAGACACUAGACCGGAGUGUCGAAACGUUGGGUCGUGAAUGCAAUUCGACUGGGCUUUGUAUUCAUUUUAAUUCAAACCAGAGUAGCGAGCGUAAACAUGUAAGGUAACUGAACUCUAAAAAUUGAGAGCAAUGCCAAUGAGUAGUGUGAGUCCAGUGCGUAGUGUGAGUCUAACUUUAUAACUCAAACGUUGCAACUCUUUCUUUAGUCCUAAAUUUAGCGUUAUUAAAUUGAUGGAAAAUCGCCUCAAUUUGCGCUUGUUUUAUUCCUUAUCUUAUCUUUGUGAUUAUUAGGUCGUGUUUUUCUGUGACAUUGAGCCAGGUGAAGCGUGUGGGGGGUUGACAGCCAUUGUACGGAACUCUGAAGUAUUUGCGAAACUUGAUCAGAAAGUGGUUGAAAAACUUGCAGAGAAAAAAAUCAGAUAUAGCCGUUAUCUACCCAGUGCAGGUGCUGCGCAUGCUCAGUAUGUCUCCUGGCAAUCAUCAUUUUACACUGAGGAACCGAAGGUGAAAAUUCGAUAUACUUAUAUAAACUGAGAGUUUAGAGGCGAGCCACGUUCUCGCAAUGUGUUGCAACUGAUCAUUCCUUGUCAAUUCGAUCGACUAUUCUCGUGUUAAAAGAGUAAGUCAACUCUCUGCCGAAUGUCAUGGGUUUCCUCCGGGCAUUACGUUUUCCUUCCACAGAGAAAGUUGACAACUUGACAGGGUGGGAUGGGGUAGGGUUCGAAAGCAAUAUCACCAUCGUUGUAAAGAUAAAAUAUACCCUAUAAAGCUAGUAGACUUGGCAUAUAAUUACGUAAAAUAACACAACGUAAACGUAAAUACUUGACGUAAAGCGCACUUGAUCGUAUCUAUUAUCUAAUUUAUCAGUAUAACAUAUGCAUCUUUUUCUCAUGAAUAAAUUGCCUUCUUGUAAGAAAGAUAUCGCAAAACGUAUCAGACGAAUUGAGACAAAAAUUUCACAAUCAAUGCGAUUCCUCCAAAUAUGAGCGACGAUAUAACGAUAAGUGGAAAGUUUAUUGAUUAUUUGAUUUAUGUAUUUUUUCAGGAAGUGGAAAAGUUUCUUGAGAACGCUAAGUUCUCUUACAAGUGGAACAAGAAAGAUGACAGUUUGUUGUACUGGUACACACUGCCGCCAUUUGUGAAACACCAAGACACAGGUGAGAAAGUGUGGUUCACUCAACCAGAUUCUCACCACAGUUCAUACUUCAAGGAGUCACCAAUGUUUGAUGAAGUUGUUCUGAGUGACGACAGCAUGUACCCAGCACAUGCUACCUACGGGGACGGGACGGAGAUAGAACCGGAAGUGAUACAACACAUCCGGGCAAUUAACUGGAAUUGUGCGGUGGGUUUUCAGUGGAGGACUGGGGAUAUAGUGGUGCUUGAUAAUCUCGCUAUAAUGCAUUCAAGAUUGAGUUUUACAGGGAAAUGUAGAAUUCUUAGUUUUUUAACGUCUAAUUAACAUGUAUUGAUAAUCACGACAUAUUAUUUUGAUUACGAUCAAAGCAAUAUUACAGUUUGUUUCAUACUGAGCGGAAUUUGGACGGAAUCUAUUUGGAGCGAAGCACCGAAGGCCCUUCGAUUUCGUCUGGAGAAAAUAUUUUUCCGUCGAUGAAUCGGUAGCUUGGUGGCUUGAUAAUAAUAAUAAUUCAUAGUGCGCAAAUGAACAUGCUAAUAUAUGAUCAAAUGCGCAGUACAUUCAAUAAUACAAAUAUAAAAUACCUAAAAUACGACUUAUGUUAUAUCACAAUUUAAUACGCUAAGCCAAAAUAAUAUGUCUUCAGUUGUUUCCUAAUAACAUUAAAAUUAUC